AUGAAUCGAAAAUUAUUUGAGGAAUAUUUCAAAUGGGGGCUUAUUGUAAACACAAGCAAAACAGAAUUUUUAAAAAUUGGAGAAAAUACUACAGAUCUAAGGCUUGAAAACGCAGUCAUAAAAGGUUGCAACCAGUAUAAAUAUCUAGAAAGCAUCAUAUCAGCAGAUGACAGAGUCAAGAUAGAUGUACAAAACCGAAUAACCCAAGGGAAAAAAUGCAUCCGAAUACUGAAUUCAUUACUGUGGUCUAAUAAAAUAAAGAUGCAUACCAAACUUCAUGUAUACAGAGCAAUUGUAGAACCGAUUACCACAUAUGGUGCCGAAUGUUGGACGAUGACAAAGAAUGCACGAGAUAAAGUAGACGUUGUGGAAAUGAAGGAAUGAGGAAAUACGAAACCGUACAGGAAUUAG